AAAGCUUAAUUACAGUUUGGCACUUAAUUGGAGUUUGUUUCUGUUGCCAUUAACAGUUAUAAGUUGUUGGUCUGAAGUUAUCAUAAAAGGAUUGCCCAGUUUGGGGGGUUCUUAUAUAUAAUCUCAUGUCAGAGGACCUUAACUAUUUGACUUUUUUAUUUUUUCAGAAUGGUCAAAGUUUUCUGGUUUUGGAUGAACAAAGAUUUGCGAAAGAAAUACUUCCCAAAUACUUCAAGCACAAUAACAUGGCAAGCUUUGUGAGGCAACUGAAUAUGUAUGGUUUCCGUAAAGUAGUACAUAUUGACUCUGGAAUUGUAAAGCAGGAACGAGAUGGUCCUGUUGAAUUUCAGCAUCCUUACUUCAAGCAAGGCCAGGAUGACUUGUUGGAGAACAUUAAAAGGAAGGUUUCAUCUUCAAAACCAGAAGAAAAUAAAAUUCGUCAGGAAGAUUUAACAAAAAUUAUAAGUAGUGCUCAGAAGGUUCAAAUAAAACAAGAGACUAUUGAGUCCAGGCUUUCUGAGUUAAAAAGUGAGAAUGAGUCCCUUUGGAAGGAGGUGUCAGAAUUACGAGCAAAACAUGCACAACAACAACAAGUUAUUCGGAAGAUUGUCCAGUUUAUUGUUACAUUGGUUCAGAAUAACCAGCUUGUGAGUUUAAAACGUAAAAGGCCUCUACUUCUGAACACUAAUGGAGCCCAAAAGAAGAACCUAUUUCAGCACAUAGUCAAAGAACCAGCUGAUAAUCACCAUCAUAAAGUACCACACAGUAGGACUGAAGGUUUAAAACCAAGGGAGCGGAUUUCAGAUGACAUCAUUAUUUAUGAUGUUACUGAUGAUAAUGCAGAUGAAGAAAAUAUUCCAGUUAUUCCAGAAACUAAUGAAGAUAUUAUAUCUGAUCCCUCCAACUGUAGUCAGUACCCUGAUAUUGUCAUUGUUGAAGAUGACAAUGAAGAUGAAUAUGCACCCGUCAUUCAGAGUGGAGAUCAGAAUGAACCAGCCAGAGAAUCCCUAAGUUCAGGCAGUGAUGGCACUAGUCCUCUCAUGUCUAGUGCCAUCCAGCUAAAUGGCUCCUCCAAUCUGACUGCAGAUGAUCCUGUUACCAUGAUGGAUUCCAUUUUAAAUGAUAACAUCAAUCUUUUGGGAAAGGUUGAGCUGUUGGAUUAUCUUGACAGUAUUGAUUGCAGUUUAGAGGACUUCCAAGCCAUGCUGUCUGGAAGACAGUUUAGCAUAGACCCAGAUCUCCUGGUUGAUCUUUUCACUAGUUCUGUGCAGAUGAAUCCCACAGAUUACAUCAAUAAUACAAAAUCGGAGAAUAAAGGAUUAGAAACUACCAAGAACAAUGUAGUUCAGCCAGUUUCAGAAGAGGGAAGAAAAUCUAAACCCAAAACAGAUAAACAGCUUAUCCAGUACACUGCCUUUCCACUUCUUGCAUUCCUUGAUGGGAACCCUGCUUCUGCUGUUGAACAGGGAAGCACAGCAUCAUCAGAAGUUAUGUCUUCUGUAGAUAAACCCAUAGAAGUUGAUGAGCUUCUGGAUAGCAGCCUGGACCCAGAACCAACCCAAAGUAAGCUUGUUCGCCUGGAGCCGUUGACUGAAGCCGAAGCUAGUGAAGCCACACUGUUCUAUUUAUGUGAACUGGCUCCUGCACCUCUGGAUAGUGAUAUGCCACUUUUAGAUAGCUAAAUUUCCAAGAAGUGGACUCUACAUGUAUAUAUUCAUCAAAAUGAUGAACUAUUUAUUUUAAAGUAUUAUUUGGUACCCGUUUUUUUGUAAAUUGCUUUGUUUUGUUUUAAUUGGAUACUGUGGAAUCAAAAGCACCUUUUGCUUUUCUCACUAACCACACAGUCUUGCAAAGCUUUCAGAUAUUACUCAGCUAUAUAGGUACACAAAGUGUAAUGCACAUUAUUGCGUAUCUUGAAGUUGGAUUCAGGUGGGCAUUUUUUUCUGAUUGUAGUAAAUUUGAAUUAUUUUUUAUAUAUAUAUGCCCAUUAACCCAGGUUAAACUUUUGUUUGUUUUACUUGUUUGAUGCUGUCUGUUGGCAUUGAGUGUAAGUCACUAAAAUUAAUGGUAGAACUCCUAAAGCUUUCUCUGUUCCAAUUACUUUUACUAAGUAUUUUUCACUUGGCUUAUUUUUAAAACUGGGAACAUAAAGUGCCUGUAUCUUGUAAAACUUCAUUUGUCUGUCUUGGUUCAGAGAAGUUCAUUCAUGUUCAUCAGGAAAGGCAACGUAUACAUGACUGCUUGCUGUCUGAUAUGGUUCCAGUUCUGUAUACCUAGAAGGGGAUGGGACGGUGUCGGCCCAAUCCACCUAGUUGGACUAGUUUUAAGUAAAAGUUUUUGGUUUGUUUUUUGAACCAUAAUAUUUAGUAAAAUAAAUAUGAUGAAUGUUGCA